AUGUGUUGUUUACUGUUCGACGAUUCAAUUCCAAAACGCCUAUGUGAUACACCGUUUACGUUUGUAAACACAUCAUCAUCGCUGAAAGCUGAUGUCAUCGAAUUAAAAAAAUCAAACAUUAUUUGUUUUGAUCUUGAGUUUAACGAAUGUUCGAUUUCUACGGCUCAAUUAAGUGAUGGAACAACAGAAUUUGUUAUAAAUAUCAGUGCAAUUCAUUCACCAGAAGAAACAUUUGAAAGGUUGAAAACCAUCUUUGAAGACGAACAAAUAUUAAAGAUUGGUCACGGUGUAAAACAAGAUAUUAUACGUUUAGAAAGAGUCAAUAUCAAAUUGAUUAAUUUCUAUGAUAUUCAAUAUGGUCAUUAUGUAUUAAAUAACAAAAUAUUUGAACAUAUUUAUUCUUUAACAAGAUUGUGUGAAUCGUACGGCAGAAAUGCAAUUGAAUUUAUGUCACAGAGUGAAAAAAAAUUUUUGCAACGUAGUAGUUUUGAAAAUCUGCUAGUUCAAUUACUUCUUCUACAAGUAAAAAAUCAACGUUCUCAGCGACGUGGUAAAAUGCUGGUGUUUGGUGAUGAAUCAGUCUGUGACGAUCAAUUACAGGUGAUAAAUGAAGCCGACGAAUUAGAAAAAGAAGGAAUAGCCACAGCAAUUCAUGAUAAUGGUGCAUCAGGUGGCGAUCAAACAAGAGACGGUCGAUUAGAUUUGAAUCGUCGACCUGAAACGGUUUCUGGAAAUCCAUCAACUUCAAACAGUCUUGCAAAAGAUAAUAUUUAA